GGGAAGAGAAUGAUGGACAGGGGGAGAAGUCAAUGCCGUGGGCAGCUCUGUUAGCGGGGCGCGUUCGCAGGGCAGAAGGGCAGAGGCGGGGGUCGAACGCGGCUAUUGGUGGAUUGCGGGCCGCAGAGCACGUCGAGCGCGUUUCCGGGCGGAGAGAUGGCCGACGAGAUCUGCAAAGCACGGGAGGCCAGGCCGGGCGGAGAUACCAUUUUCGGGAAAAUCAUCCGCAAGGAGAUCCCAGCCAAGAUCAUCUUCGAGGAUGAUCGGUGCCUUGCGUUCCAUGAUGUUUCUCCGCAAGCUCCAACCCAUUUCCUAGUGGUUCCCAAGAAGCCUAUUGCUCAGAUAUCUCAAGUGCAAGAUUCUGAUGAAGCACUUCUUGGGCACUUAAUGAUUGUGGGUAAGAAAUGUGCGGCUGAAUUGGGCCUGACCAAGGGAUACCGAAUGGUGGUGAAUGAAGGGCCAGAUGGUGGUCAGUCUGUCUACCAUGUACACUUACAUGUCCUUGGUGGUCGUCAGAUGGGUUGGCCUCCUGGUUAAGAUGUUGCUUGAUAAAGAAUUGUGCUGAGUCCAUCUCUUGAAUAUAGUCAGCAAAUGUUUGAAAUACCAACCACUAUCAAUGAGUUCAUCCGUUUAACAUGUCUUAGGAAAUACACAACUUUGUGUAAACAUUGUUCAUUAAAGUCACGAGCAUGUUGGA